UGUUCAUUUCAUAAUCAAUUACGGUUUGAGGUUUAAGUUCGAAUAAAUUAAUAGAUCGUUAAGAAAUUGACAUUUUUCAAAAUUAAGAAAACACCUCCGCUUAUGAUUAAGUGUGUCGUUAUUCGGAACUCUCCAACUUCAGGUUAUUUUUAGACUAUGAUGAAGGAUGCUGAUUGUAUUCAAGACUAUGACACAAUGUUAUUAAACCAUGGUUAGAAAUGGUUUGUUUACAAAAGUGAUGGGACAAGCCUGGAAUAAAAUUUCUAAAUACAGAUCAAAGGAAAUAAGAAUACUUUUAUUAGGUCUGGAAUCAGUUGGCAAGACAACAUUGUUAUAUAGGCUGAAGUUGGGAGAACCAAUAAAGGCUACGCCAACAAUUGGUUUCAACGUUGAAUCGUUUCAAUAUAAAGACUUAUCUCUCAAUGCGUGGGACCUUGGAUUUGGCGGUAAAAUGCGUCCGUUGUGUCAACAUUACUACAAAGGCAGUAAUGCGGUCGUUAUCAUGAUAGACCGUGGAGACAGAGAACGGCUGGAGGAGGUCACAUAUGACGUCAUAAAACCAGCACUAAAAUCUGAAGAUCUCAAAGAUGCAGUGUUCUUAUUCCUUGCAAAUAAAUCAGACAUUGAGGAUGGAAUGAGUCUACAAGAAAUAUCCGCCUCGUUGGCUUUAAAUAAUUUAAAGCGAAGGUGGAAUAUAUUCACUAUAAGUGCCUUGACUGGAGAUGGCAUCACGGAGGCAUUCGAUUGGCUAGCUCUACAACUAGGAUCAAGUCAAGUAAAACAAACUACUGAAAUUAAUAAAAUACAAACUGAAGUAACGCAUUUUUUACCGCCACAAAAUCAUCCUGAAACAUGUGAACGAUCGUAUAGUGCUCUUGCUUGUUUUUUCAUUAGGCCAACCCAGGCAGUUGGUAUUCACAAAGACGAUGAUGAUCGUGAUGUCGACGAUGAAAAGGUCGAUGAUGUGUGACGUCACGAUAAAAAUCGAUCAUGACAGAUUUCAUAUCAAUUCAACUUUCAUCCAUCAGAAACUUCAAGCUAAAAUCAGUUUUUUAAUAAUAAUAGUAGAGCUUUGCCUUUUUUUUCUAAAGAAUGGUGUGUAAAUGUCUAGUCAAGUUAUCUAGUAAUGGACGUUCAAUUCAGCAACCAUUCAAGAAGAACAUGUGACGACUCAGUAGUAAACCACCUUACUUAUGACUUGAUAGGUGCAUUUGCAAAGUGUGUUUAAAAGAAAUUGGAAUGCCAUUAUGAAAAUUCAAGACCAUGGAUGGAUUGAUAAAAGCUGAUGUCGUCUUUAUCAACGCUAUUUAACUUAAACGAAUCUUCAUAACUGACCUCCUCGAAUUCAAAGAUUAAGCUAUGUCGUCUUUAUCAACGCUAUUCAACUUAAACGAAUCUUCAUAACUGACCUCCUCGAAUUCAAAAAUUAAGCUAUGUCGUCUUUAUCAACGCUAUUCAACUUAAACGAAUCUUCAUAACUGACCUCCUCGAAUUCAAAAAUUAAGCUAUGUCGUCUUUAUCAACGCUAUUCAACUUAAACGAAUCUUCAUAACUGACCUCCUCGAAUUCAAAAAUUAAGCUAAGCCAUUGUAUUGCAUAAUGAAUUGUUUCCAUCAUACAAAAAAUGCAACUAUUAAGUGUCUAUGGAUAUAUAUAUAUAUAAGACUGUCUGAGGGAUGGUUGCGUACUAAACAAGAAUAAAUGGAUGUGCCGGUCAUUUAUGGUGAUGAUAAUCUUAGCUGUGAUCUAGUUCGUCAUUUAUCAUACACAUGUUUUCAUCUAGAAAAUCAUCAUAGAGUUUUAUAUAUUUAAAAAUCACAAGUCUGAAAAACAUUUUUUUUUUAUAAAGAUUGUGUCUUUAUAUUGAAUAUAUAUGUAUUGUUCGCUUG